AUGUUCGCCCCUGACUCCACAGUCUACAAUGAGACAGACUCUGAUGGCUACUGUUACAUAGGGUCCUGUAAAGAGGAUAAUGGGAGCUGUCAUGAAGGGGAAAGUUGGAAGGAGAGUAACUGUCGUAUAGCAACGUGUCAUAAUGGCAACGUGACCUAUAAGUUGACACAAUGCCCAACUCCUGUCGUGUGUGCAAAUAACUUCCAUCCUACUUUAGUGCAGGAUGAUGAUGGAUGCUGCACCCACUAUGAAUGCCAAUGUAUCUGCUACGGUUGGGGAGACCCCCAUUAUGUGUCCUUUGAUGGAACCUAUUAUGGUUUUCAAGGCAACUGUUCCUACUGGCUGGUGAAAGAGAUAUUGCCCAAAUAUAACUUCAGUGUUAUGAUUGAUAACUACUACUGUGGUUCGGUUGGUGGCUUGUCCUGUCCUCAGUCAAUCACUGUCUUCUACAAAAGCUACAAAAUCUUUAUUACACAAAAGGAUGUCAAUGGCAAUUUCACAAAUCAGAUUUCUGUGAAUGACAAGCAUGUAAGUCCUGCAUACCAGAAUGGUGACUUCCGUAUUACCACCACCGGUAUUGAUACAGUGCUUGUCAUCCCUAAAAUCCAUGCCAAGAUCACCUUCUCAGGGCUCAUAUUUAGUAUCUACCUGCCCUUUAGUGAAUUUGGCAACAAUACCCAGGGACAGUGUGGUACAUGUGACAACAACCGGAAAAAUGACUGCAUGUUGCCCAGUGGUAAAAUUGAUCCUUCAUGUCCUAAUAUGGCACACGAGUGGCAUGCUAAUGACAGUUACUGUGAACCAAUUCCCCCCACACCCACAACAACGCCUACACCUAAUACAUGCAAUACAACCAUCUGUGAGAUCAUCAAAAGCAGUGUGUUUGAAUCUUGCCACAAGGUCAUUGACUACAGUCCAUUUGUUGUGAGCUGUGAGUUUGACAUUUGCCACAUGCACAUUAAACGCAUUGGAUGCACCAGCUUACAAACCUACGCUGAAAUCUGUGCUGAGGCAGGAGUGUGUGUCGACUGGAGGAAUGCCACCGACGGACUCUGUGAAUAUACAUGUCCAAGUCCCAAAGUGUAUCAGGCCUGUGGCCCUCAGGUGGAGCCGACCUGUGAUUCCUGGUACAACCAGAAAUUCAUCUAUACUGUCAAUGAGUUCAGUGCCAUGACAAAUGUGAAGUCGGAGGGUUGCUUCUGCCCAAAUGACAGCAUCCUCCUCUCAUCCACCUCUGAUGAAUGUGUGCCCAACUGUGCACAGCCACCCCUCAGCUGUGACGAGGAGGGUCAGGUCAAGGUCACAGACACUGUUGGCUGCUGUCAAAAGGACAAGUGUGGAUAA